AUGGCAGUCUCCUCCCCGCCGCCUCCUCGCUUUCACCUCUCCCUCCACCUUCAAGACCCUACCCGGAACCCCUCGCCUGGUGGCAAAAGGACACGCCCCGCCCCGACAACCGAGACGCUCCGCCGCCGCCUCCUCCGCCGGGGCGUCUCGCCGACCCCCAAGAUCCUCCACACCCUCCGCAAGAAGGAGGCGCUCAAGGCCCUCCGCCGCGCAAGGAAGGACACUGCCGCUGCCGCCGCAUCCGCUGCUGCGUCACUCAAUCCGUGCGACGAGGAGAUUGGGGCGGAGGGCGAGGAGGAGACCCGCUUCCGUGCGGCCGAGGCGGAGUACCGCGCGCUCGUGGGGCGGCCCUGGGACGCCGGCGCCCGCAGCGUGGCGCCCCCGCGCGGUUGGGAUGGGGAGGACGGCGGGCUCGAGGGCCUGAGGGAGAUGCUCGUGGCGAGGAGGGGUGACGGGUUCCGUUGGCUACUGGACGACGACAUCGAGGCGGAGGCAGUGGAGAGGAAGCAGCAGAAGCGUCCGGGCAUUGGCUGGGAUGUGGAGACCGAGGACGAGGAGAGGAGGAUUCAGUUGCUCGUCAGCAGGUUAAACGGAGAUUAUCUAAGUUUUCGUGAUUGGAGGCUUACUAGAGUGAUGAAAAAGGCUGACAUCAUAUAUAGUGAAGAUAAUCUACUAAGAAUACUAGAUGGGCUUGAGGCUCUAGGAAACUGGAGGCAGGCUUUAGCUGUUAUUGAGUGGGUCUACAAUGAAAACAGCUACAGGCAUCGGAAAAGCAGGUUUGUGUAUACAAAAUUACUCUCAAUCCUUGGGAAAUCAUUAAGGGCAACUGAAGCACUUCGAGUUUUCACCAUCAUGCGGGGAGAUGCUCAAAUAUACCCUGAUAUGCCUGCAUACCAUAGUAUUGCUGUUACGCUUGGUCGAGCUGGUUUUCUGAAGGAGUUAAUCAAGAUCAUUGAGUAUAUGAGACAGAAGCCCUCAAAGCGAGUAAUGACGAUGCGGCGCAAGGAUUGGGAUCCUUCAUUGGAGCCUGAUGUACUUGUUUAUAACUCGGUGCUUAAUGCCUGUGUUCUAUCACAGCAAUGGAAAGGGGUAUUUUGGGUGUUCCAGCAAAUGAGAAUUAGUGGUUUACCACCAACAGGAGCAACCUUUGGGUUGGCCAUGGAAGUUAUGCUGAAAGCCAAGAAGUAUGACUUUGUCCAGAAGUUCUAUGAGAAGAUGCAGAAAAAUGGUGUACCUCCAAGGGCAAUAACUUACAAAGUGCUUGUAAGAGCUUUCUGGGAGCAGGGUAAAAUUAAUGAAGCUGUUGAAGCAGUCAAUGACAUGGAACAAAGAGGAGUUGUUGGAGCAGCAAGUGUUUACUAUGAAUUGGCUUGCUGUCUCUGCAAUAAUGGAAGGUGGAGAGAUGCUAUGUUACAGGUUGAGAAGCUGAAACAGCUUCCCCUCACGAAACCACUGGAAUAUACAUUUACUGGAAUGAUCUUAGCCUCAUUUAAUGGUGGAUAUAUCUACGAUUGUAUCUCAAUAUUUGAGUCAAUGAAGGGCCACUGCACACCAAAUAUUGGGACUGUGAAUGUUAUGUUAAAAGUUUAUGGACGUUGUGAUAUGUUUGGGAAGGCAAAGGACUUGUUUGAAACCACCAAGGCUUGUUUCUCAAAUUCUCAGACAUAUAUCCAUGAACAUUCGUCACUUAAAGCAGACACAUAUACAUACAGCUCUAUGCUUGAAGCAUCUGCCUCUGCCCAACAGUGGGAGUUCUUCGAAUAUGUGUAUAGAGAGAUGACUCUGUCUCAUCACUGCCUAGAUCAAAGCAAAUAUUCAUGGUUGCUCAUCAAGGCAUGUAGAGCUGGAAAGUCAAAUUUGCUGGAGCAUGCGAUUGACUCGAUACUUGAAAGAGGAGAGAUCCCUGAUGUACAGCUGAUUACUGAAUUGAUAUGCCAGUCUAUUGCUCAUAGAGAUUAUGGAAGGACGCUGCAGCUCUUGAAUAUUUUGACUGAGGCUUCAAUAAAAAUGAAAGAAGUUGAGUGGGUUUACCUACUACAGAAAAAUGUGUAUCAAUUCAACAUUGAUGCCCUUGAGGGCCUUAUAAAGUACCUCAGUACUAGUGGUACUAUCAAUGCUGAUCCUGCACUCGGUUUAGUAAGAGCACUGGAGUCCCAAUGCGGGAUAACUUUAGUGAAGGGCACAUAUUUGCUAACAGAUGAUACCAGUACUCAACAGUGUGAACUCUCUUUGCUUGAGAGUGAAGACAAAUAUGCAAGUAGCGGUCUGGCAGAACAAGAUCAGCUCACCUGCAAGAACUUGUGCACUGAUAUAAUUCUUGACGUCCCUGAUUCUGAUAGAGAGAUCCCUCAGUUAGGUGUCAGUGCUGUCAUGAGCAGGAACAUCUCAUUAAGCAGUCAACGAUUGGAAGACAAACAUGAGCAUUCUGAUCUUGGGCAGCGGGGUCCACAGGUAUCUGCAAUUGACGAAGUACUUGAUUCCAUGAAUUCUUAUGGUGUCAAUUCGUAUGGAGAGAUGCCAUCAGCAUCAGAAAUUCUUGAGUUAUGGGAGCAGGAAAGGAUAAAUGGGAUGUUUGCUCCAAAAACAGAAAGCAGAACCACUCUUAUUAGAGGAUAA